UUAGUAGAGAUUUCAGUGCAAUACGACAUGUCUCGAUUGGUCUUGUUCUUCACUAUUUUAGUCGUACUCCAGGUAUCUUCCGAAGACGUCAGAGGGUGCCCCCUUAAGAGACUUAUUGAUAGCUGCUGCGUCAAAAAAUACCCAAAACUAUUUGACUCUGAGUUCAUAACGGAAUGCUACAACACACAGCGUAAGGCAAAUGAUAAGUGUGAAAGAGAUAUGUGUGUCGCAAGAAAACUCAACUUGUUGACGGAAGAGGAUUCAAUAAACAAAGAUGCACUCCUACGUUUCGUUGAAGAAGGAUUCAAAACGGAGAUAGAUUUGGUUAAUGCCAUAAAGAAGAAGUGCUUCGAAGAAGAUAUUUCUAAUAUUGGCAAACCGGAAAUGUGUGAGGUCGCAAAGUACAAGAUUUGUAUUACGUCUCGAAUGGCCGAGGACUGCCCGAAAUGGGACAGCAAAGGAAUCUGCAGCAGUGCUCAACAGAAGGUUGAAAAUUUCAUGAAAAUGUUGUCCUGAAGACUCGAUUUUCUAAAUAAAGUAAAUAUUAAAUACACGCGAAACAAGCAUUCAAAA